AUGACUAUCCCCUCUACUCAGAUCGCGGCAGUCGUCGCAUCAUCCGGAGCAUCUGCGUCGUCGAGGGUGGAUAUUGUCAGCACUCACCCAGUACCAGCCCCUGGUGAUGGGGACCUUCUUGUGAAGCUGGAAUACUCUGGUGUGUGUCAUUCCGAUGUUCACAGCAUCAAGGGUGAUACGCCCAUGUUGACUGAUGUGGCUGGUCACGAGGGUGUGGGGACGGUGGUCGCAGGUGGCUUUACAGCUCUUGUCUCAGCUGUGAAAUUUGUGCUAUUAACCAUACUGCUUGUCCGAAGCAGAGGAAUGCCGGCGCGGGACGUUUCAACGUACGUUGUGCUCAAAUGCAUCUAUCUGCGGACAGAUUCUAAUGCCGAUGCGAUAGAAUAUAUCGUCAGUCCAGCCAUCCACUCCACGAGGAUACCCCAGGGACUCUCGCCAGAGCUAGCAGCACCUCUUCUUUGCGCCGGGAUCGCCAUGUACUCUUCGAUCAUGAAAACAAAACCUCGUCCGGGCUAUUGGCUCGCCCCCGAUAUCCUUUGCUAUAUCCAAACACUGACUUUAUCUUACCAGGGGGUGCAGAUUGCCGCGAAGAAGGGAUUGAAUGUGGUCGCGAUCGAUAAAGGAGCAACCAAGAAAGAUCUUUGUCUAUCUUUGGGAGCCAAGCAUUUCCUUGACUUCACCGUGGUUGAUAUCGUUCAGGCUGUCAAGACCUUGACGUCUGGGCUCGGUGCUCAUAGCGUGAUCUGUACCGCCAAUAGCCCAGGGGCAUACGAGCAGAGCGUGCAGAUGCUGCGUCCGCUCGGAACGCUGGUGUGUGUUGGUAUUCCAGGUGUUCCAUUCAAUCUACCCGCUACUCCAUUCGAUAUGAUUAUCAGAGGUCUCACUAUCGUCGGAAACUCGGCGGGUACUGCGAAAGAAAUGGACGAGCUUCUAGCAAUGGCAGUGGCAGGCGACGUAAAGGCACAUGUGAAAGUGUUCGAGUUAGCCGAGAUUCAUGAUAUCUUAGAGCGACUCGAGAAAUCGGAGGUUGAGGGGAGAAUAGUUUUGAAAAUACCAGCCUAG